UCUCGUCUGUCUUCACAGAAAUACAAAAAUCAAGCCAAAAAAACUAUGACAAUCCUCAGAAUGGGGAAAAAGCGGUAUUUCGGAGUUUGGACGUUUCCUUUAAUAGUUGCCGUGGUGUGCGCACAAAGUGUAAAUGACCCUAGCAAUAUGUCACUGGUAAAAGAAACUGUGGAUAGACUGUUGAAGGGAUAUGACAUUCGCUUGAGGCCAGACUUUGGAGGUGCCCCGGUGGGAGUGGGGAUGAACAUAGACAUCGCCAGCAUUGACAUGGUAUCUGAAGUCAACAUGGACUAUACGUUGACGAUGUACUUCCAGCAAGCGUGGCGGGACAAACGGUUGUCCUACUCAGAGAUUCCCCUCAACCUCACCUUAGAUAACCGGGUGGCGGAUCAGUUGUGGGUCCCAGACACGUACUUCCUGAACGACAAGAAGUCCUUCGUCCACGGAGUGACGGUGAAGAACAGGAUGAUCCGUCUGCAUCCUGAUGGAACUGUACUCUACGGCCUGAGGAUUACCACCACGGCCGCUUGUAUGAUGGACCUGAGGAGAUACCCUCUGGAUGAGCAGAACUGCACCCUGGAGAUCGAGAGCUAUGGUUACACCACAGAUGACAUUGAGUUUCACUGGAGAGGGGGUGACACUGCGGUGACAGGCGUGGAGAGGAUCGAGCUGCCUCAGUUCUCCAUAGUUGACUACAAGCUAAUCUCCAAGAAUGUCGUCUUCUCCACAGGCUCUUACCCACGGCUGUCAUUAAGCUUCAAGCUGAAGAGGAACAUCGGCUACUUCAUCCUGCAGACCUACAUGCCUUCGAUCCUCAUCACCAUCCUCUCCUGGGUCUCCUUCUGGAUCAACUACGACGCCUCGGCUGCAAGAGUGGCUCUGGGCAUCACAACUGUACUGACAAUGACCACGAUCAACACCCACUUGAGAGAGACUCUCCCCAAGAUCCCUUACGUCAAAGCCAUUGACGUCUACCUAAUGGGCUGCUUCGUCUUCGUCUUCCUCGCCCUGCUCGAGUACGCCCUGGUCAACUACAUCUUUUUCGGAAGAGGCCCUCAACGCCAGAAGAGGGCAGCUGAAAAAGCAGCCAAAGCCAACAAUGAGAAGAUAAGGCUGGACCCAAACAAGUGGCUGGUUGGGAACAUAGUCCAGCGAGAUGACGCCUUGUUUCCCAGAAUGAAACAGAGGGACCUAGGCGGUCAUGACACAAUGUGGGAACCCAUCUUCAUGGAUGACGCAGCGAUGGGGCUCGGAGAGCAGAAGAACAAGAUGGAUUCUCAUGAGAAUAUUCUCCUCACCCCUCUGGAGAUCAAGAACGAGAUGGGUACGCCAGAGCUCACCCUAAGCCUGAGCGACCCCCGGGGCACCAUGCUGACCUACGACAGCUCCACGCUCCAGUACCGGAAGCCGGGCCUGUCACGCCACAACUAUGGGCACAAUGCCCUCGAGCGGCACAUGGUCCAGAAGAAGGGCCGGUUACGAAGGAGCGCCUCCCAGCUCAAGAUCCGAAUCCCUGACCUGACAGACGUGAACUCUAUCGACAAGUGGUCAAGGGUUCUCUUUCCGACUGUCUUCGGAUGUUUCAACAUGAUCUACUGGCUUUACUACAUCAACUAA